AAUCAGCACAAGUCGCCUCUCUAGCUGACUUGGCCGAGUUUUCUUAACCCAGACUCGUUUCACAAAAGAAACACAACUCGUCCGCGCUGGCAAUCCGCACCUCAUACAGAAUCGCCAAACCAGCCAAUCAAAUGCAAUUUCACGCGGACCUUUUCCCUUUCCGAAUCGGAAUCGUUGUUCAACAUUUUAACCGCCUCAAACCGCUUAUAAAUACCCACCACCACCUCCAUUCUCUCUCUCACAUCGAUUCUGAAACACUAAUUCGUCUCUGAAGAAAUGGCUCGUACGAAGCAGACUGCUCGCAAAUCCACCGGCGGCAAAGCUCCGAGGAAGCAACUCGCCACCAAGGCUGCUCGGAAGUCAGCUCCGACCACCGGUGGAGUCAAGAAGCCCCAUCGCUACCGCCCCGGAACCGUCGCCCUCCGUGAAAUCCGAAAGUACCAGAAGAGCACUGAGCUUUUGAUCCGCAAGCUACCUUUCCAGCGCCUCGUUCGUGAAAUCGCCCAGGAUUUCAAGACGGACCUCAGGUUUCAGAGCCAUGCUGUUCUUGCUCUUCAGGAAGCUGCUGAGGCUUACUUGGUGGGUCUGUUUGAGGACACCAACCUGUGCGCUAUUCAUGCCAAGAGGGUCACCAUUAUGCCCAAGGACAUUCAACUAGCUCGGAGGAUUCGCGGCGAACGUGCUUAAGAUGUUAGUCUAAAUUUCUUAGGUGUGAUUUACGCAAAGCAAAUUUUAUGUGUUUCUGUAGAAAAAUAUGGGUAUAUGAACUUUUAGGAUUGCCAGUAAUUGCUUUUGUUUUCGUAGGGUGUUCAUCUUUUGUUGCAUAUCAAAUUGUUAAUGGAAGUCUGUUUAAAUUUGAUUUCU